CGCGCAACCCACACGCCAGCAGGCCAGCACUCCAGCGCCACUCCAAAUCAUUUUCAAUUCCCACCAACGAAAACACUCCAGGCCAAGUUUUUAGUGCGAGUUCAAGCGAGAGUCAAGCAAUCGAUCGCUGGCGAUUGAAAUGCAGUGAUUUUUUUUCCUUUCUCCCUCCCUCUCGCUCGCUCUGUCUCUUUCUCUCGCUAUUGUCACGUCCAUUGGAGUGGCAAUCGGUGUGCGAAUCAAAAACUUGGCAUCUGCAUUAUAAAUAAUUAAAUCAAAGCAGCCGCUACGCGACGCGACGCGCAAUCCACAAUUCCACGCCACUCGCAACUCAAUGAUCUUAUAAUCACACAUAUUGGCGGUAAUUGAAGUUCUAUCUAUUGGCCACUGGGUGUGUUGUUGCCAUUGGUAUUGCCGCCAACUGGGCAUACAAAUUAUAAAGUGAUCGUGCAUUAAAAACCGAUUGGUAAACAAAUAAUUUGCGGGCGGCCUUAGUUGAAGCAAUCAAUUAAAUGUGAUGACAGUUAAUGGCAAAUAAUUGAAAACAAAUCCAGAAGGAAAGAGCCAACAACAAGUGUUGCCUUCACUUGCGCGUACAAGGAGUAUCCAUUCGCCAUCCGCCAUCUCUCCACCUCUCCAUCGACAGUAUCCUUAUUUUUUUUCCUGAUCCCCCAUACCCGUCGACAGGGGACCCGCUUCAAUUAUGAGCAAUUACAAUCAAAGCUGCGGUUACUUCGAGGAUUGCGGCUAUUAUACAAAUAAUGUGUACCAACAGGAUUAUUGCAUGCAGCAGGAUUAUGAAUACAACAAACAAGUCUAUGACCUCUUCGAUGCCAAGGUGCCCUCCUCGCAGCGUUCCGGCUUCCAUAUAUCCGACAUACUCAAUCUGGAUGGAGCGGAGCUGAAGAACCCCAACGGAGUGGCCGCCGCACACAACCACAGCACAGACAUUAGUCAGGCCAAUGCUGAGGCCACCAAUGGCCACGGCCAUCCCACGCCCACUGCUCUGUCGCCCACGCCCAACACAACGCUGCCGUCGGUGGUCGGUGGUGCUGGCACAGCUAGCUCCGAAGAUCAGGCCGCGUCCACGCAACAGGCCACAGAGCAUCAGACGCAGCCGCUGCAGACCCCAACGGUACAGCAACAGCAACAGCAUCAGCAUUUGCAACACCACCUGCACCAACAACAGCACACGUCUGUGGCACCUCUUCCCCUGCCCUACAACCACAGCAGCAGCGGCGCCGGUGGCACCCAUGUGGGCGCCCACGCACAUGCCGCUUCAGCGCAGGCCGCUGCCCAUCUGCUGGCCAGUCACAAUGCGGCCGCCGCUGCUGCCGUCGCCGCCGGCCAAUAUUUGCCAAAGAACUUUGCCGGCACCUUCGGCGAUGAGAUGUCCUCCUACCAUCACAUGGCCCAGACAAUGCUCCACCACACAGGACGCAGUCCGUGGAUCAAGGAUAAUGAGUUAUAUGGCAUUCAACAACCCGCCAGUCCAGAUAGCACCUCGCCGGUCACCUCGGAGGUCUCCUACACAUAUAUCGGCUCCAAUUGCCAAACAUCGCCGGCGCUCUCCGGCGACUACAAGAGCUACAGUCGCUCGGCUGACAGCGACGCACUCUCCGUGGGCGAUGCUCUCCAUACGCUCCAUGGAGCACCACCGGGCGCUAACUCGGCGACGCAUGGACUGCACAACAACAACAACAACAAUAGCAUUAAGCAUGAUGGAGUCGCUGGUGCAGGGGCUGGCCACGACGAUAGCCUCAACGAGGACGGCAUCGAGGAGGACAUUGACGAUGUGGACGAUGCGGAUGGCAGUGGUGGUGGCGGCGCCAAUGGCGACGGUAUGCCUAACAAGAAGCGCAAACGCCGUGUCCUCUUCACCAAGGCGCAAACGUACGAGCUGGAGCGUCGUUUCCGCCAGCAGCGCUAUCUGAGUGCGCCGGAACGUGAGCAUCUGGCCAGUCUUAUCCGUUUGACGCCCACCCAGGUGAAGAUCUGGUUUCAGAAUCAUCGCUACAAGACGAAGCGCGCCCAGAACGAGAAGGGGUACGAGCAUCCGGGUCUCCUACACGGGCAUGCCACCCAUCCCCAUCAUCCGUCGGCCCUGCCCUCGCCCCGUCGCGUCGCCGUACCCGUGCUGGUGCGCAACGGCAAACCCUGUCUCGGCGAUGGCAGCAAACUGUCGCAGGACUGCGUCAAUACCGCGACGGCCAUGCAGAAUGCAGCGGCGGCCCAUCACCUGGUGGCCCUGAAUGGCGCGGCCGCCUAUCAGCAUGCGGCGGCGGCUGCAGCGGCCGGUCUGCAUGCACACGCCCACGCCCACCCGCAUGCGCAUGCGCAGCGGGCCCCCUGGUGGCCCUAA